AUGGGAUGUACUCCGCGAUCAGUUGGACGUGCCAUUGACGGUCUCCCUUUACAAUCUCGAGGAUUGAAUAUAUGCAUCAAACCACCUAGGCUGUCUAGAGUUCUUUCUGUUUCUGCCUGGUUCGACACGUGGCUGUCGGGGCGCGUGCGUCCGUCCGUCCGUCCGUCUAUCACGACAACAACGCCGGCUGUCUUCGUCUUUCCUCCCCCACACAGCCAACAAGGCCCUAACAUGGUGACAGGACGCAACAAAGAGCACAAGCUGUACGACGCCGUGCUUGAACAGUGUACCCAAGGCAUCCAGCAAUUCUCGAUUACAAGCCCCAAAAAGCGACGAGUCACGUCACAAUCCCACAUUCCCGCCCAAAAUCCCCCCGCCACCUCUGGGGACGACGACGACGACAAGGAAAACACCAUUCACGGGUCUCGCCGUCUCAUUGCUACUCCCGUUGGCGCUGCUGAUCUCCGUCCUCAGCCACUUCGUCCGUCCGUCACCAUGAGGGCAUCUCGAUACGCCCCCCAGCAUGGCGCUUCGCCUUAUGCGGCUCCGGGCAACACGCCUCUCCGUGCCAACCCGCCAACUGGCUCUGGCCCUCCUCGCGGCGGAGACGCCAAUCUUCGAGGCAGCCAGAAUAUGACGCCUCAGCCUACUCAGCAUCCCGUCUCUAACAUGAGCCUCAAGAAGCGCGCCGUGCGCGUCGUCGGUGCCCCCGUUGCCGCCGCGUCUGCCGCCACCUCUACUAUUUCGGCCGCUGGCCCAGCCACUCCGGCUUCUUCUGCUUCAGGUGCUGUCCAGCAGGUGAUUCCCAAGGUCCAAGACGGCUUCCAAGACGGCUCCCCUGCUCUUGUCUCCCAGCCUGCCACUACGGCUACUUCUGUCCACAAGCGCGACGAUAGCGGAGACGAGUUGGACAAACUGUUUGCUCGUGUCAUGUCCCAGGCGGCCACCUCCUCUUCAACUCCGUCCGCUGGUCGUGUCUCUUCUACCCCGCAGCGUAGACCUCAGACACCUUCCCCAGCCCCAGCCCAGGUGCUUGGGGACUUCACGAAUGGACGUAACCCACAGGUCAAGACAGCAGAGGCAAAGGCUUCAGUCCGCGAGAAGGAGGCAGCAGUCCCCUUGCAAUCUCACAAGCCCAAGCUCAACGCUGACAGCCAUCUUCUCGAUGUGCAGCCUCAAGACUCCAAUGCAAGCAAGUUUCCUUCAGUCCAGGCCGAGCAAUCCAAGUCAGGAGAGGGUCUAGCAAUAAACGAGAAGGAGCAUCUCUACUUGUCCAAGGCCGCAGAGUAUCUCGACGCUCUACCAACCGGCAGCCAGACUCCAUCUGCCGAUCUCGUCAAGAAGGUCUCUGGCAAGUUGGCUGUUUCCUAUACGCCUGGUGUUCACCUCGGACAGGAAGAUUUGGAUGCACUCAAAGGUCGUUUGGUAUUUGCCAUCCACACCUUCCUCAACAGCCUCCCUCAGAAUUUUGCGCAGAAUGUCACCGUUGACAAAGUCAAGCAAACUGUAGACAAUACCAACGGAAACCUUCUCCAUCUGUGCAGCCAGUUCAUCCAGGCUGGAACAAUCACCAUUGAGAAUCUGAACGGCGUCGUGGGUCUCUGCAAGGCCAUUCAGGCUUGCCUCGUCGCACAACCCAACUCCGAGUCCAAGACUGAGCCCAAUGGCAAGGCCGCUGCCUCGUCUAUCUCUUCCUCGAAGGACAAUACCUUUACGAAUCGUCAAGAUGGUUGGCCUGCCCAACAGAAGCGCAAGAGCGGUCCUGGCAUGCGUACAUGCACGCUCAAAGGCGUCGGCUCCGUCAAGGACCUUCACGAGCUUCAAGGUCUGGUGUGGGGCGGUCGGCUCGAGUCCAUCUCCAAGGACAACGAAGACUCUUCCUUUGCUCUUGUCAAGUUCCUCACGCCACAAGGUUGUCAAAAGUAUUUUGAGGCCACUGGAAAUGGAAUCGUGCACAAUGGAACUGUGGUUCAGAUUGAGCAGAUGCCAGUCAAGAACUCGACCAACGAUGUCGUCAACAAUUGCAUCACGGGCGAUGUGACGCGCUGUGUGCGGGCUUACCACGCGGAUCAAGACUGGGGACAGGCUGCGCUGAUGAGCCUGGCUCGCAAGACGGGCGAUAAGAAGAAGCGCGAGGUGGAAAUUAUCAAGUCGGGCAAGGACGCCAAGGGUCAAUUCUACAUCGAGUUCCGAUUCGGCAACAUCUACGACGCCAUGAGCUUCAAGCGUGUGCUCAUGAGCGACGAGGACUGGGAGACGUGCAACAUCCAGUAUGGGCAGGAUCCUUGCGACGCGGCCACGGGACCGCAUUUCAAGGAAGCCUUGGAGGGCAAUGGUAAGGUCAUUGUCAAAGGCUCGUUCGAAUCUGACGGUGUUGCAGCGCCGCAAUCCUCGGGCUCAUCCUCGGCGAUUUUGUGUAUGGUGGCUUAGGCCUAGCGACUGGUGGGACUGGGGUAGGAUGUCAGGGCUUCCAAACGUCUGCGGAUGUUUGCGGAUGUCAAAAAGGAUGAUGGGGAGACCUUGGAUCAAAGGAUCGAAUAAUUGCUUCGAUGCGGAUGGGGUGGUACGGGUGGUACGACUGAUAGGUCACGGUUGGUAGUCCCAAGGCUUGGAUGCUCGAGCCCGAGCAGGGAUAUGUUAGCUACCUCUCCAUCCACCCACCCAUCAAUGAAGAAUCACAUACAUUUGCAAAGCUAACGUUCCCAUUUCACACAUUCGGCGACCAGUGUUUUUGGAUCCUUUAUUGGGCUUAAUUCCAACGGUUUAGGCUGUCAUGCCCUCGAAUUCCGUCUGGCGCAUAUGUGGAUCGGGCGGGUGGAACCAGGCACAUGUAAAGUUU